AUGAACAGAUUUAAUUUUACCUGUAAUCUGUCUACAUUCUAAUGAAUAAAACUAAAUGGAUAAAAAAUAAUUAAUAAAUUAAUAAAAAACACAUUUGAAGACAAUAUAGCCAAAAAUAAAAUAAUCUGAAAUAAACCUAUAAAUAAGCUAAAAUAAAAAAAAAACUCAAAUGAGCUUUUGAAUUUAGUUUUUUGUGAAGUUUAGAGGCUGUCAUAGCCAAAAUCAUAUGAAACCUACGAAAAGUAUUUUUGUUUCUUCAAUAUAAUAACAAAUAACCUUAUAGAUUUAAUCAAACCAACAAACCAUUAAAAAGAAAACUGUAAUCUUGACUUAAUUGGCUAGCCAAUAUUUACUAGCUAAUGAAUGAACUUGUUUUGGAAUAAUGAAAAAAAAGUGAUAGGUCUUUCAGAUGGAAUUAAAACAAUAAUAUAUAUACAGCUCUGGAAAAAAAUAAGAGACCAGUUUAGUUUCUGAAUCAGUUUCUCUAAUUUUGCUAUUUAUAGCUAUAUGUUUGAGUAAAAUGAACAUUGUUGUUUUAUUCUAUAAACAAUGGACAAUAUUUCUCCCAAAUUCCAAAUAAAAAUAUUGUCAUUUAGAGCUUUUUUUGCAGAAAAUGGCUGAAAUAACAAAAAAAUGCAGAGCUUUCAGACCCUUAAAUAAUGCAAAGAAAGAAAGUCCUCCACCAGUUUUACACACUGCUUUUGGAUAACUUUAUGCCACUCCUGGUGCAAAAAUUCAAGCAGUUCAGUUUGGUUUGAUGGCUUGUGAUCAUCCAUCUUCCUCUUGAUUAUAUUCCAGUUUUCAAAUUCGGUAAAAUUUUUAGAAACUAGUCAUUUUUAAUUUCCAGAGCUAUGUCGUGUGUGUGUGUGUGUGUGUGUGUGUAUUAAUAUAUACCAGUAUAAACCCCUCUCUGCUUUUGGUGGCGUUUACAGCCUAGUAACCGUAUUAGCUCUAGUGUGCGCGCACUAGGAUUGAAAGCUCGAAUCACUUUUAUAUAUCGUGUGAGAAGCUGUGUAAAGGACUGACCUCAGAGUGACUGGAAUAUCGUUACUGGACAGAGAGAGAAGAUGAGCUCUAUUAUCAGAUGUGCUCUGUUUGGGAGUAGGAGGCUGCAUCAUCCUGCACUGAACGCUGUUAGAGCCAUGUCUGCCUCUGGACCCACCCCACCUUUCACCACCCUGUCAAUCAGCCAACCAGCCACUCAUGUAACUCACGUGGAGCUGCACCGUCCCCAGAAAUACAACUCAAUGAACAAGGUCUUUUGGAGUGAAAUGGUUGAAUGCUUUAACCAGAUCGCAGAAGACCCAGAAUGCCGUGCGGUGGUCUUCUCAGCUGCUGGGAAGAUUUUUACAUCAGGUGUUGACAUUAUGGACAUGGAGGGUGAAAUCCUGAGCCCUGAUGGAGACGACACCGCCAGGAAAUCAUGGCAAAUUCGCCACAUUAUUAUCAAACACCAGAAGACUUUCUCAGUCAUUGAAAAGUGUCCAAAGCCUGUUGUGGUGGCAGUGCAAGGGCCAUGUAUUGGAGCAGGGGUAGACCUGAUUACAGCCUGUGAUAUUCGUCUCUGUACGAAGGAUGCUUGGUUUCAGGUGAAGGAGGUUGACGUCGGUUUGGCAGCAGAUGUAGGAACUCUGCAGCGUCUUCCAAGUGCGAUAGGCAGCCGCAGCCUGGUGAAUGAAUUAGCCCUGACUGCAAGAAAAAUGUUUUCAGAUGAAGCUAUGAGUUGUGGACUGGUCAGUCGUGUGCUUCCUGAUAAAGAGACGAUGUUAACAGCAGCGAUGGAGAUAGCAGGAGAGAUCGCAGCCCGGAGUCCUGUUGCUGUUCAAGGAACCAAAAUCAACCUGGUCUACUCCAGAGACCACAGUGUGUCUGAGAGUCUGGACUAUAUGGCUACAUGGAACAUGAGCAUGCUGCAGACUAACGACCUCAUGAAGUCAGCCCAGGCAGCCAUGGAGAAGAAAAAUCUCAAAGAUGUUCCCUUCUCCAACCUCUGAACUGAGAGGACACACACUGAGGGAGAAGAUCCAGUUCAUAUCUUCGCUGUCCAAUGAAAAACAGGCAUCUCCUGUUUUGUCGAUUUUUAGUUUAAUACAUAAUCUGAACACACAAACUGUCCUCUACAAUUUGUUAAACAUUUUUGAUGAAUGGACCAAUAGAAAUUCUCCAAAAUGACCUUCCAUUGAAAGUUAAUGGAACUGGUAAGCUGUUUUGGAGAUACAUGUUUCUCAUUGGACAGUGACAAUUUCACAGGGUCUGCAAAAACUGCCUGUUAAUUCAGCUCUGAUCUGAGUGGGUUUAGCACCAACAUUUAUUGAGUUUCCAUGUUAUUAAAAUCUUCAUCAUUCUAAUAACUUAUUCUUCACUAAUCAAUAAUGUUUGAUUUAACCUGGACUCAUUCAGCUAAAAGUCAUAUAUUUAGCCAUUGGAUACUGUGUGUGGGUGACCUGUAUAUGAAAGAGUGUAAAAGUGCUGUUUAUUUGUUGGUAUAUUAUUGUAUUUUCUGCAUUAAAUUGCUUAUAUUUAUAUACAUGUAA